AUGACCUGUGCUCCUAUAUGGGGCAGAAGUAUGGACAAUGGGAAAGGAGGAGGAGAGGAUACUGGAAGCAACAGAAAUGGUGUGACGCUGAGAGAAAGGGAAAGAAGUACUGACAUCAGGAGAAAAUUGGGAGUGAGUGACAUCAACGAGAAGGUCAAGGAAAUAAGAAUGAGAUGGUAUGAACAUGUGAAGAGGAAAGAAGAAGGGCAUCCAGCAAAAGUGGCUAUGGAAAGUAUAGUACCAGGAAGAAGGCCGAGAGGAAGACCAAAGAAGAGAUGGAGAGAUAACGUGAAGGAGGAUAUGAGCCACUUCGGCGUGCGUCCGGAAGAGGCCCUGGAAAGAGAGACUUGGAGACGGAAGACCCGGGCGGCUGACCCUGCAAGGCGGGACCAACAGCCGUAA